AUGUCAGAUCCUAUCAACGCAAAUCCAACGAUUAUUGACGUGUCGGCUUUGCCUACUCGUCUAAGUAACACCGAAGAGAAAAGCUCUCGCCAGCAACUCCUAGACCGCAUUCUCGCUCUUUCUCUCUCUUCCUCAGACCCAGAACUUCCACUGCUCACAGACGAAUCUAGCGAAGACGAGGAUGACGAGCUUGAGGAUACGAUUGAUGCACAAGAGGUUUUUGAUCUAAUUUCAUCCAUUUCAGACCCAGAACAUCCAUUGACGUUGGCACAGUUAGCCGUGGUCAACCUACCUGAUAUCACCGUGACUCACGGAAAUAAUAAAAACGAGCUAUCCGAGAUCCUUAUCAAAAUCACCCCAACUAUUACACACUGCUCUCUAGCCACGCUUAUUGGCUUGGGAAUCCGUGUCCGUCUCGAGCGUUCGCUUCCUCCACGUUUCAGAUUCCGUAUAUUGAUCAAGGAGGGGACUCAUCAGUCCGAGAAUCAAGUCAACAAGCAACUUAAUGAUAAAGAGCGUGUUGCAGCUGCAUGUGAGAAUGAUCAACUUCUAUCUGUCGUUCUGCAAAUGCUCUCUACCUGUAAGUAG